GCCGCCCGCCUCCAGCCCCGCGAGGCCGCGAGGCCCGGGAGGCCCGUUCGUUGGCGCGCCCGCCCGAUGGGGCGAGCUCGGCGCGCGGCGGGGCCAUGGGUGCGGGCAAUGGCGCUUGCCGCGGCCAGCGUGCUGCCAGGACUGGAGCCUGCGAUCGCUGGCGCCAUCGCGCCAGUCCAGGCUACGCUUCCACUUGUCCUGGUGCCAAGGACCCCCGAGCGCAUCAUGUUCCACAAUAGCUCGCACCUGAGAGGCUUGAGAAGCCCCAGGGUAUUGCAAGAUGACGACAUCCCAAUCCUGAUUAGCCAGGACUUCGCGAUCGUCGCAACUGUUUCUGUUGGGACGCCCGCCCAGAAUUUCCGGUGCCUGCUGGACUCCGGCAGCGCAGACUUGUGGCUGCCCUCGAAGCGAUGCGAGAGCUGCAGCAACGAGCAAUACUUUGACGCAGACGCGUCCUCCACUUUCUCGCCGAAACUGGUGCGGACAGUGUUUGGCGAUGCGCCCGAGAAGGUCUGGCUGCAGUUUGCCAGCGGGCCGGUGGCGGGGUUCGCUGUCCAGGACAGCAUAGGCUUCGGCCCUUUCCAGAUGUCCGAUCACUCCUUCAUGCUCGUGGAGGACGCCAACAUUCCACGACAUCCAGAUUGGGAUGGCAUAUGUGGUCUUGGUUGGCGGGGUAUUGCGCAGACAGGUGAGCCACUGUACAAGAAGUUGCAGGAAAUGGGGCAGCAGGCUAUAUUCACGUUCGUGCCUUCCAGCACCACGCAGGCGUCCCUGGUCGUCGGGGAGGUGCCCACUGCCCUGGCGAAGGACGACACGUUCGUGUGGAGCCCCCUCGAGCAGUUCGACGGCGAGGACGACCAGGCUUUCUGGAUCGUGCGCGGCGGUGUGUCUCCAUGGAAUCCGGCGCCGAAGAACGUCAGCAUAGUAGUAGACACUGGCACCAACGGCAUCCUAAUGGUACCUGCUGAGGAGUUCCCCCAGCUGGUCGAGCAUCUCAUACCACCAGAGGCAAACUUGGGUGGUCAGUUCACUGCUGUCCACAUGGCGCAGAGCGGACGAGCGCUGAUGUUUAGAAAUGUGCCGCAUGUGAGACGCCUGAAGGAGCGGACUAUGAGCGUGAAGGUAGAAUGGCAUUGACAUACGAUGCCAGCGGUUGGGCACAGCUCGCUGUGUUUGCAUAUCGAAUGCCGUGCGUGGGUAGUCCCUUGUGUGAUGAGCU